CCAUAUCUCUCUCCCCCUCUCUCUCUCUCUCUCUCUCUCUGUGUGUAUGUGUUUUUGAGGGACAUGUUACAUAUGUGUGAGCGUCUCGUAGCGAACUGUGGGUGAGAGAGCCCAAUUCGAUUUGGGUACUGCACCGAACACCUCUGUUUUCGCUUUCUCAUUGCCUCUCAGAUCAUGGCGGGGAAGAAGAUUAUAGCGAUAUGUCAGUCAGGGGGAGAAUUUGAGACAGAUAGAGAUGGUUCAUUGUUGUAUAGGGGUGGUGAUGCUCAUGCUAUUGACAUUGAUGACCAAAUGAAGUUUAAUGAGUUUAAGAUUGAAGUAGCAGAAAUGUUUAAUUGUAGCAUUGAUACCAUGUAUAUCAAAUACUUCCUUCCCGGCAACAAAAAGACUCUCAUUACAAUUUCCAAUGACAAGGAUCUAAAGCGCAUGAUAAAAUUCCAUGGGGACUCUGUCACUGCUGAUGUUUAUGUCAUUAUGGAAGAAAUUGUUGCCCCCGAUGUGUCGAACUUUCCUGCCAGUAGGUCAAGCAGAACAACUUUGUCAGAAACUGUUCUUCCAGUUGAUGCCCCCCUUGCUGUUGUUGACGAUAUUGUGGAUGAUACCAUGAAGCCAGAAAUCCCCCUUAAUGCUCUUGAUGUUGUAGAUGAUACCAACCAUGUUGAUGCCCAUAUUGAUAUACCCUCUGAAAUUUCUCCCAUUUUCACUAUCACUGGUUCCAAUGAUGAGAAGCAUGCUAAAGGUGCACAGCAGUGGCAGAAUACUAUUACAGGUGUGGGGCAAAGGUUCAGCAGUGUUCAUGAAUUUCGUGAAUCGUUGCGUAAAUAUGCCAUUGCGCACCAGUUUGCAUUCAGGUACAAGAAGAACGAUAGUCAUCGUGUGACUGUCAAAUGCAAAGCAGAAGGCUGCCCUUGGAGAAUCCAUGCAUCAAGGUUGUCAACGACUCAAUUAAUAUGUAUUAAAAAGAUGAAUCCAACACAUACUUGUGAAGGGGCUGUUGCAACAACAGGACAUCAGGCGACUAGGAGUUGGGUGGCUAGUAUUAUCAAGGAGAAGUUGAAAGUUUUCCCAAAUUAUAAGCCCAAGGAUAUUGUCAAUGACAUCAAACAGGAAUAUGGAAUACAACUGAACUAUUUUCAGGCAUGGCGCGGGAAAGAAAUUGCAAAGGAGCAGCUUCAGGGUUCAUACAAAGAGGCAUAUAAUCAGUUACCUUUUUUUUGUGGGAAGAUAAUGGAGACCAAUCCAGGAAGUCUUGCUACUUUCACCACUAAGGAAGACUCAAGUUUCCAUCGUCUCUUUGUGUCUUUCCAUGCCUCAUUAUAUGGUUUCCAACAAGCUUGCCGGCCUCUCCUUUUUCUUGAUAGUAUACCCUUAAAGUCAAAAUAUCAGGGCACCUUGUUAGCUGCAACAGCAGCAGAUGGGGAUGAUGGUGUUUUUCCUGUUGCUUUUGCUGUAGUUGAUUCUGAAUCUGAUGAUAACUGGCAUUGGUUUUUGCUACAACUGAAAUCUGCUCUGUCAACAUCUUGUUCUAUAACAUUUGUGGCCGACAGACAAAAGGGGUUAAGGGAGUCCAUUGCUGAUGUAUUUACGGGUUCGUACCAUGGCUACUGCCUAAGAUACUUGACCGAGCAACUUCUUAGAGACUUGAAAGGGCAGUUUUCUCAUGAGGUGAAGCGACUCAUGGUUGAGGAUUUUUAUGCUGCUGCUUAUGCACCUACUGCAGAAAGCUUUCAAAGAUGUAUUGAAAGCAUUAAAAGUAUUUCUACAGAAGCUUACAAUUGGAUCAUACAAAGUGAGCCCCAGAACUGGGCAAAUUCAUAUUUUCAGGGUUCCAGAUAUGACCAUAUGGCAUCAAACUUUGGGGAGCUAUUUUAUAGUUGGGCGUCAGAUGCACACGAAUUACCAAUAACACAGAUGGUUGAUGUUAUAAGGGGCAAGAUUAUGGAGUUGAUCUACACACGACGAGCAGAGUCGAACCAAUGGUUGACAAGACUAAGUCCAUCCAUGGAGGACAAACUGAAAAAAGAAAGCCAUAAAGUCCAUUCCCUUCAAGUGCUACUGUCAGCUGGUAGCACAUUUGAGGUUCGUGGUGACUCCAUUGAAGUGGUUGACAUUGAUAAUUGGGAUUGUAGUUGCAAAAGGUGGCAGUUAACCGGUUUACCGUGCUGCCAUGCAAUUGCUGUUAUUAGUUGCCUUGGUCGGAGCCCUUAUGAUUAUUGUUCCAGAUACUUCACAACUGAGAGCUACAGAUUAACUUAUUCAGAGUCUGUACAUCCUAUUCCAAAUGUGGACAUGCCUUUGCAGAGAGAUUCUUCUCAGGUCACAGUAACUGUAACCCCUCCUCCCACCCGUCGUCCACCAGGCCGGCCCACUACAAAGCGGUAUGGACCACAAGAGGUAGUGAAACGUCAACUCCAGUGCAGCAGGUGCAAGGGUCUAGGGCACAACAAGUCCACUUGCAGAGAGCGCAUUUAGAGUGUUAGACAUUUUGGUGACUCUUUUGUCUAUGCAUGUGCUGUUGCACACCAAAUAUUGAUGGACAAUGUUGAUUGAUGUUGAUCACAUGCUGAUAUGUAGCUCUAGCACCGAACAUUUUAGAUGAGCCAACAGAGUUCCCUAGAUGCAAUGACUCUGCAGGAUCUCUCUCUCUCUCUCUCUCUCUCUCUCUUCCCUGUUUUAACUUUUAUCUCACAUUUAAUUAAUCAAUCUCCUUGUGUUCUGUUAAUAGGACUGCACAGAAGGACAACGGGCAUCACAAUCUUGUACAUUUAACAACUCUAUCAGAAGGGCUGAAAGAUAAACCUGUAAUUUAGUUUUAAAUAACCAAGUCAUGAGAUGUAUGUAACGGUAGUUUCUCUUUUUGUUCUUUCUGUCUUUUCUAACUUCAAUCUUUGCUAGUUUAAAUGACUUUUAGCGACCAUGAGAUCAUAAUAUGAAAAGAAUGUCUUAGGGUUGUUUGAAAGGUUUAUACAAGUUGGAGUCACCUUGCCGAUGUAAACAUCAAGUAUUUUGGCUCUUUUGGUUUUACCGUCCCCAAGCUUUAAGGGCAAGAGAAGUAGCAGUUUACUGUCCAAAUGUGGUUUGCUGAGGAGAUAUUGAGGGUGGCAUCUACUUCGAACACUAUCCAUUCUGUAUUGGGGACCAAAGGGCAUGUAUAACUUUGGUGUGGUGUUCUCGUUGCCCGCAGAAAUAUCAGCAUUACAUGGCUCCGCCGGAUUGGAAGUUCUUGUCAUUUCUUAUGGGUAAGUAAAGGUAUUAAAAGCUGAUCAAAAAGAUAUAGAAGAUCAGAACAUGUGAUUCUCAUAUUUGCUCCAAGUUGGAAAGGGGUCUUGUUCUGGUUCUCAAACUUGCUUAUGUCCACUCUUACAAAAAUGAAUUCUAAUGUUGGGCGACAAGGUUGAGUUAAGCAUCAACUUUGUACGUUUUUAGCUCCA